CAGGAAAUCAACUAAAAAAAAACCAACAGAAGGAGCAAUAACAAGAGCUGCAAAGACAGUUGCAGUAGCAAUAACAAGAGCUACAAAGGCAACAGCAGCAGCAACAAGAGCUACAAGGUCAACAGUGGCAGCAACAAGAGCUAUAAGAACAACAAUAGCAGCAACAAAAGCUGCAAAAACAACAGUGGCAAUAGAAGAUAACGAAUAUAUAAACUACAAGUACCUAUUUUGUGACUAG